CCGGGGCUCGCCCGCCGGCGCGGCGCUGGCUCGGCUCGGCGCGGCACGGCACCGGGCGCUGGAGCCGGGUCCCUGGGGCUCCCGCUCGGCGCCCGGCGCGCGGUGCGGGAUGGGGACGGCGCCGGCGGCCGCGUGCGUCCUGCUGGCCCUGCUGCCGGCGUGCCGCGCUCAGACCGGCCCCCCGCCCGGGUGCGGCGAGGACCUCUCCUCCCUCUACUACAACCUCUGCGACCUCUCGGCGGCCUGGGGCAUCGUGCUGGAGGCCGUGGCCAGCCUCGGCGUGGUCACCAGCUUCGUGCUCACCAUCGUCCUGGUGGCCAGCGUCCCCUUCGUGCAGGACCCGCAGAAGAAGAGCCUGGUGGCCACGCAGGCGGUCUUCCUCCUGGGCACUUUGGGGCUCUUCUGCCUGACCUUCGACUUCAUCGUGGGGCCGGACUUCUCCACCUGCGCCUCCCGCCGCUUCCUCUUCGGCGUCCUCUUCGCCAUCUGCUUCUCCUGCCUGCUGGCGCACGCCCUGGCCCUCAACUUCCUGGCGCGGAGGAACCGGGGGCCGCGGGGCUGGGUGACGCUGGCGGUGGCCCUGCUCCUGGCCCUGGUGGAGGUCAUCAUCAACGCCGAGUGGCUCAUCAUCACGGUGGCGCGGCGGGAGGGCGGCUCGCCGGACCCCUGCAAGGUGGCCGAGGCCGACUUCGUCAUGGCGCUCGUCUACGUGAUGUUCUUGCUGGUGGCCGCCUUCGGCGCCGCCUGGCCGGCCCUCUGCGGCCGCUACACGCGCUGGCGGAAGCACGGCGUCUUCAUCCUGGCCACCACCGGCCUCUCCAUGGCCAUCUGGGCGGCGUGGACGGCCAUGUACCUCUACGGGAACCAGCGCGCGGGCGGGAAGCCCGGGUGGGACGACCCCACGCUGGCCAUCGCCCUGGUCUCCAACGCCUGCGCCUUCGUCCUCCUCUACGUCAUCCCCGAGGUGACGCACGUGACGCGGCGGGGCCCCGAGCAGGCCUACGAGGACGACGUCUACCCGACGCGCGGGGUGGGCUACGAGACCAUCCUCAAGGAGCAGAAGUCGCAGAGCAUGUUUGUGGAGAACAAGGCCUUCUCCAUGGACGAGCCGUCCUUCACCAAGAAGCCGGUGUCGCCGUACAGCGGGUACAACGGGCAGCUGCUCCCCAGCGUGUACCAGCCCACCGAGAUGGCCCUGAUGCACAAGGGGCCCGCCGAAGGUCCCUACGACGUGAUCCUGCCGCGCGCCAGCCCCGCCAGCCCGGCGAUGGGCAGCGCCAGCUCCACGCUGCGAGCCGAGGACGCCUUCGCCGCGCAGGCCCGGCACGCCGCCGCCAGCUCCCGCGACGGCCGCGGCUCCCAGGUGCCGUCCCCCUACGGCAGGAACCGCUGGUGAGGGGCCCGCGCCGGUCCGUCCCCCGGGGGCUCCCGCGGCCUCGUCCCCCCCCGCCUCGCCCGGAGCCGCUUCCCGAGCCGCCCAGCCGCCGCCUCCGCUCCGCAGCCUCGUCCCCCGGAGGAUGCCGCGUCCCCGCCGUCCCCGCCGC